GAACCCAUGGCAUCGUUUAAUUGUUCAAACAAGUGGGCUGAUGCGGCUCUUGACCUUGACCACUUAAGAAUUGAGCACGCCUGACGAUCGAACCCCCACUCCCCUCACAAGCUCCCUCAUCAGACGACGUACAUGCCUUACCUAAACUCUUCUAUCGAUCCAACUAGCCUUGGUUUUCUCGCUAUUCUCCUCGGAGGUAGCAGAGCACAUUUCCUUCAAGUUCAAUCCUUCCCUGAAGAGGUCGACAGAGACUGGGAUGGUCUAGGCAUCCUUCAAUCCAGAAGCCACAUCGAGAGACUUGUCGUCAAUGACAAGCUUCGCGCAAGUCUCUGUUCCCUCCUUCAUAUAGUGAACAAAGAAGCCCCAGGAGAUUCCUGGACGGAUCUCGUUGAUAACGAUGUGGAAGAAGACGCCUGGGAUGUUAUACGCUUCUCUGGUCGUAGCCGCGGAUGGUUCUAAACGUACUAUCAAACUCUGGAGUCUGGAUCACAUCCUCCAGGCGUUAAACGAUCCUGCCCCACAUCUCAUCAAGGUUGCUUCGUUCCGAAACGUGCCUUGCUGUCCUCGUUUCCAUCCGAGAUUGGGAUGGACGGCCCUGGUUCAUCAACCUCGGCGUGCAGCAGGGGGUUUAUCCAUCUUACAAGAUCAAGAUAUCUUCCUGUUGAAGGACUCGUCGACAACGACAGAGUCUCUCCAGUAUGCAGUCUUGGGAGUCACCUGCGAUUUGCUCCUCACAUCGGUUCUGCUGUUCCACACCUCCUCUCACCAAUUUCUCGAUCCCCCACGUAGUCGACUUCUAGUGAAGUGGCUUGGUCAAGACCCUCUCCUUAAUCCCGAUGCUCUAGACGAAGCAAUCAAAUCUAUCUAUAAGUCGGAGACGUAUUAUCCUACUCUUCGUAAAAAUUUGGAGAAUGAGAUGCGUCGGUUAAUUUGUCUCGGUGCAGGUGUCUCACAAAAGUCAGAUUCCGAGGCCGAUGACAAAACCUCUAUCCAGAUAUCGGGAGCAUUGUUGGUUCUGGGUGAACAUAAUGACAUACAAGGACCCUACAACCGAAUCCUAUUCAAUGCCCCUCCUACUUUCAUCCAAUUGAAUAACAACACUCCCCUUAUUCCCGUUGUCACCAACCCACCGGACUUAGGUUCCGGAGAAUUCGAGUUUACUUCCGAGAAAAAGGAGGAGCUGAUGAUCUCCAGCCUCUUCUCUUCGAAUUCACAAUCAUACUUCACGCAUAUAAGGAGAAAAGGCGGUACUGAAUGGAUGAAUGCCUUUGUCAAAGUGUCAUCGGCGGCCUCCAUAAAAUGGGAGCGCAAGAUGCUGCCUGUAAUAAGCACUCGUAUCUCCCCUGGCAUGCUUUAAAAUCUCUUGGCAUACAAUGCCGAUCUCAAUUCACUUGUUAUGACCAGACUUCCUGGGAAAACCUUGAACGACUUCCGUCUUGAAUAUGCGAUGACGAGGAAUUGUGAAGAUUUUUC